GUCAGGGGCAUUUCCGCAACUACGGUAGCCGUGCAGGAUCAACCAUCGUCACACGUGUUGACAUUCCAUGUUGUGAAACGGCUGUUGUCGUUGAGUCCCGAGAAUUAAGAACUAUUUUUGCUUUUAUCCUGUUUCUACCAUUAGCUUCAUAUGAACGGAAAGGAAGACGGAGAUUGUCUGUCUCUCGAGCACGUUUUGGAUAAACUUUACGAGUUUGAUGAUGGACCAGCAUCCAAAAAGAAGCUCAAGUCUCAGAAGAAGAAAAAGAGAAAAAGAUAUGAGGAAGAGGAAGAAGAGGUGUUCCCUGCAGCCGAGGAUAUCUGCAGUGACUCUGAAGACAAGCGAGUAGAUCAUGUUGGAGCCGAACACCAGCAGCAACAACCAAAGACUGAGCAAACAGGUCCAACCAUCCAGCAGGUGAGCCAGGUGAAGGUUGUAAUAUUUCAGGACCCCAGAAAGAAACAGAAAACCAAGCAGACUACAGCACCCGACAAAAUGCCUGCCCCUCAGAAGAUGACAGAGGAGGAGGAAAGCGGCCAGCUAGAAGAGCUCAACUUGGAAAAGACUCGUCUUGAGGUCCAUCGGUUUGGAAUCACAGGCUAUAAGAAGGAGCAGCAGCGUGUUUUUGAACAGGACAGAGCCGUCAUGCUGGGGGCCCGACCUCCCAAGAAGGACUACGUCAACUACAAGAUGAUGCAGCAGCAGAUCAAAGAGAAGAAGCAGAAAGCAAAGGAGGUUCAGCCGGACCUGAAGAAAAAGAAGAAGCCGAGUAAUCAAAGGGCCAAGAAGAAGAAGGUGUCCUCUACUUCUGGUUCCGGCUCGGCCCCCACAGGUCAGGUGGGCCACUUCAAGAAUGGCAUGCUGAUCCUCAGCCCCAAGGAGAUCCAGAAAAUCAAAGGCAACAAGAGACGCAAAUAGGUGAGCCUCCAGGAUGGAAAAACAUCAGCAGACCAGAGAAAGAACUGGCUUCCAAACGCCGUCAGUGACUCAUCUUACUGCAGGACUGUUUGCAGUGUUAUGAGGAAGAGCACGAGAGACGAAUACAACGUGAGCUGUGAGGCUGAUUUCCAGAGGACGGUGUUACUGGAGACAGACUGCAGAGACAGGAAUCCAAUUUACCGAUCCUCAAAAUGGACCCUGAAUGGGGCACGAUGGCGGGACGUAAAUGCACGACACCGGAGACCUUGGUCAAAUCAUAUUCCAUCACAGUUAAUUUAUUUUCUUUUUAUAAAUGACCCAAAAAAACAAAAGAAGACAUUUGCGUUUCUUGUGUUUUACACGGUAAAGGUUUUUAAAUAAUGCAGUUACAAUGCAUUUAUCAUAUACAAACCAUGUAGUACAAAACAUUUACAUUGGCAGGAAGGGAGGGGAUCAUAACAGUACAGAUGGGGGUAAUUAUCUUUAAAAAAAAGAAAAAGCAAUGUACACACAAGUUACUCCUGGCAGAUGUUUUCAUGUAGAAACAUACAUACAGACAUAAGAGAGUAGUUUGUCUCCCUUUUAUAAACCCUUCAUAUAUGUAAACGACUUCUUCACAGCCUCCAGACGCUGCGUUCGAGGUGAAAACAUUACAGAUUUAAUUUUGUUAAAGAGAAAACAUUAAAAGCUGAUGGAUUCUGAGCGGCAAUGGCGAAACAAGAGGUGUAAUCUGGCAGUGUGCGGCUGGGUGAGGUCACAAAAUCUCACACCGUUUCUUUUUUUUGAAGCAGCUUUUGUGUUAUUUAUACAUUUUAAAGAAGAAGAAACAGCACAAAGAAAUAUGAAGCUCAUCUGCAGCACAUUGUUUUAAGCUGUAAGCAAAGCUGUGUUAUGUUUAGAUUUUACCUUCUUUUUUUUUUUUUUAAACCUUCAACUCUUGGCAAUAAACCAUAGACAAUAUAUAUAUAUAUAACCAGGAGCCAUUCAACUUGAAGAGGGCAAUAUACAAAAGAAAAUAAAUAUGCAAUUAAAUAUAUUUACACACUUUAUAGAGUACAUAAAUCUGCAGUUCUUUAAGUUAAACAGCUUACAGCAGUGACAUGCUCUUUUCCCCAGCACCGUAUCUUGAAGUUAAAUUUAAAUCUCACAUUCAUGGGUGGGUAAGUGUUGGGGUAAAGGGACAUGCCAUACAAGCACUCUUACAAUAGCAUAUCUAGACAGGAGUGACUACAAUGUGACUCUUUUAAAAUAUGUGAAUUUUGCCACAAAAGGUAUUGUUUUGAUAUGAAUUUAAGAAAUAACUGUAUGCGGAAAAGAAAAGGCGUAAACUCAUUUUACCUGAUACACUGUCGGACUCUUUGAACCUCCACCUAACACCUUUUAGCUUCGAUUCCCUCCGGUCAUGAUUUCCUCUGCACCGUUUUGACAUCAACACAGCCUGCAGACAUGUAACCCCAAAUCAUCCAGACUCUCAGCUGAAGGAAAAGCAUCCCCUCUGGUUGUGUGAGAGAUGUCUCACUUUGCCUGUGGGCCUAUAAUCUAUUCCUGGUUACGGCAAAGUCAAUCUCGGGGGGGCAGGUUGCUCGCCCUGGUGUGGAAGGUGGGAGGGCGGUCAGAGCUGAGCAACCUCACGUGCUGCAAAUAUAGACCUUAGGUGAAAAGCUGGCAGUCUGGGGCACGUCAGGAUAAACUCUCCUUUGGGUGAUGUUUGCUUUCUGGGUCGGGAGAAACUGGUUCAAGUCCUGACUUUGACACUGAUGGUGCAUUCAUGUCAUGUGGGAAAGAUGGUAAACGUAGGCCUGGUUUCAGCUGGUAGACCAUACACACAAUGGCAAUUGAAAUUCUAAUAAAACUAUUUUCAGAUGGCUUUUAUUGUCUGGAUUUAUUGUUAGCAAUGAAAUGCUUUAUUAAAACUUCUUUUGACCACUGGGGGGCAUCAUAAACAAAGGUGUGAUAACACUAACGUCACCUUUUAAAUCGAUGUGGUGAACUUAUUAGCAAACAGUUGUUUAUUUACACACCCAGCAGACAUUUAGCAACAUUAUCAUUCAUCUGGAGCUGUGUUUUUGGCCAACAGACAAAUGAAGUGAAAAUAUCUCUCUUUUAGCUCUAAUUUUGGUCUCUACCAACUCCUUCGGGAACUAUCUGACUCU